GGCUGUGCGUCAGGUAACAGGAAGUCCCGGCCUGAUUGCGUCCCUUCCCUUAGGAAAAGGGACAGGAUUUUCCCAAAGUGGGUUUGAAAGGACUGGAGGGAGACCUGUCUGACUGCAGAAGGAGGUGAUAUCGAGAGUGUAGUUUAUGAGUCCGGCUCCCGUGUGACCAUACGAAGAGAUUUCAAGUUCAGGAGAGAGCAACUCCUCCUCCGUUUGGCUACUUUACAUCACGGUCAGAGCAGUCUUCACCCGCCCGGAGACUGAUGGCCGGCUUCAGCUUGUCGUGUGUUGUGCUUCUUUGUGCGGUUGUGGCGCAGGCAAAGCCGACGAUACGAAAAGAGCGAGUUCUUCGGGACCCAGAACUGAGCAGGCAAGCCCACGAAGACAACAAGAGUUUCCAGUACGACCAUGAGGCCUUUCUGGGCAAAGAGGAGGCAAAAACCUUUGACCAGCUCACCCCUGAGGAGAGCAGGGACAGACUUGGGAAAAUCGUAGAACGAAUAGAUGGGGACGGAGACGGUUACAUCACCACAGCCGAACUCAAGGACUGGAUCAAACGAGUCCAGAAGCGCUACGUCUAUGAAAACGUGGCAAAGGUGUGGACAGAUUAUGAUCUGAACAAGGACAACAGGAUCUCGUGGGAUGAAUACAAGCAAGCCACUUAUGGAUACUAUCUCGCUAACCCUGAGGAGUUUCAGGAUGACAAAGACCAGUUCAGCUUCAAGAAGAUGCUUCCUCGAGAUGAGAGGAGGUUUAAAGCAGCUGAUCUGAAUGGUGACAACACAGCAGACAAGGAAGAGUUCACCUCCUUCCUCCACCCAGAGGAGUUUGAUCACAUGAAGGAUAUUGUGGUUCAGGAAACGCUGGAGGACAUCGACAAGAACGGCGAUGGCUACGUGGAUGAGGAUGAGUACAUUGCUGACAUGUUUUCGCACGAGGACGGUGGUCCAGAACCAGACUGGGUAAAAACUGAGCGGGAGCAGUUUUCAGACUUCCGGGACCUAAACAAGGAUGGAAAGAUGGACAAGGACGAAAUCCGCCACUGGAUUAUGCCUCAAGACUAUGACCAUGCCCAGGCAGAGGCCAGACAUCUGGUGUAUGAAUCCGACCAGGAUAAGGACCAGAAGCUGACAAAAGAUGAGAUCCUGGAGAACUGGAACAUGUUUGUGGGAAGUCAGGCCACCAACUAUGGAGAGGAUCUCACCAGGAGCCACGAUGAGCUCUAAAGUGUCUCAAGCACACAAGGAGGACUUUUAAACAUAAAUCCCAGACUUUUCCUCCCAUCACCGCUGCUGUCAGUCCAUCACAUAAAGAGUGGGACAGACUUGAGCUUCUUGAAUCUCAAACUGAUGUUUUGUACAGAUUGAUCAGACUGGUAAGAGUCAGUGAACCUCACAAACUUGAGGGGUCUGUUUCAGUCUUGAUUUAGUUUCUGACAUUCAGGAGCAAAGUCAGAGCCAGAGGACUUACUCAGCGUCAAGUUGUGCCUUCCAGCCUCGUCACAGCAGUCCUCACUGCCUUAGAAAUCUGCAUAGAUGAUCUUUAUCUGUCACUUUCAGGUACAGGAAGAGUUUGUGAUAGUGAUGCUAAUGUGAAUACCUGUUUUAAAGCAUGAACUAUGGUUUUAUUUAUUAAGCUGUUUUCUUUCAAAGUUAGUUUGAAAGCUUUAGUUUGUUUUUUUUGUUAAAUACAGUGUUUGUUUACACUUUCAUAAAUUUGUUUACUUUCUUCUAUGUUUAAAAAGGCUUUAACAUAUUAGCUAACUGUUGCUAUGUGGCAUGGGUUUUUGCACACAUUAGAUUUGGAUCUAGCCUGUGAACAACCUUUAUCUGCCUUUUUUUUAAUUGUAAUUGUGUCCUUUCUGCUUAUCCUUGAUAAAUUGUAAAAUUCUGCCUUCUCUUACAUUCACAGUAUAAAGUUAGAAAUGUCUUACUUUACUUGCUUUUUUUUUCUCAACACUCCCAGUCCAAUGUAGAAAACUCCUUAGUGUCCGUUGCUUGCUUUCUUCCUGUGUUAAAUAUGCUAAGUGUUUUAGAUGCUCUUGCCUUUCUGGCUUUGAACAUGAGAUUUAGCUAACUUUUGCUUAUUUUGUUAAAAUAAUAGUUGAAUUAAUGCAUAGAAAAAAUUGAAAACUAAUUUUUUUUUUACUUGUAACUGUGAUCUUAGCUUUUUGAGUUACGGUAACAAUUGUUUUGUUUUUUUCUGUGACACACAAAGCAUUGACAAAUAUGACCACAAACUUCAAUAAAAUGAGAGGUAACAUGUA